AUGCCGAGCGCCAAGUUUGAAAUCGCUGUUGCCGCGACCCUCGCCAUGGCCGGCGCGAUGACGUGGAAGAAGUGGGCGACCGCCGACCUCCAGAAGAUCGACGCGUACUAUGCGUCGCUCAAGAAGGCCGACCAUCGAGCAGCCAAGAUGCCCAGCGCCAAGAUUGAGAUUGUCAUUGCCAGCGUCCUCGGCGUCGCCGGCGGCCUUGUCUGGAAGCGCUACGCCAACUCGGAGCUCAACAAGUUCGACGCGUACUACGCCCACUUGAAGAAGCAGAACAACUAA